UUUAAAAGACGUUAUAGCGGGAAAGAUAUACUUUUUGCUUGUGCGCAUAAAAAUCAAACAUAUGGAGAUUGCAAUAAUCAAAAGGGAAACCACAGGAUCUGGACCAAACACAUUCACAGAAAAUGAAACUAUAGCAAAAUAUGAAAUAGUGGAUGGAGCUCCAGUAAGAGGAGAGAGCAUUCCAAUAAGAGUAUUUCUUGCCGGCUAUGAUCUUACUCCUACAAUGAGAGAUAUUAACAAAAAAAUUUCAGUGUGGUAUUAUUUGAAUCUCGUGCUUAUGGAUGAAGAAGAUCGCUAUUAUUUCAAGCAACAGGUGUGGUUAUCUUGA